UUCCGGGCGACACCGGAAGGUGCGGAGAUAACUGCUCCCGCACAGUGGAGGCGGCUUUCCGGACAAGGUGCCCACCGGCUCCGAGGUCGCGAUGGCUGCUGUUCUCCUGAGGUCCCGCGCGCCCUGGGGCCUGUCCCUGUCGGUGGCGGCGCGCGGACUCGGGGCCGCGGACGCCCCACGCGCGGCAGGGAUCCACACGAGCCUGCGGCCCGAGCAGCGGUACGGGCACUUGUCGUACAUCUUGGGAGAGAGAACCUUAAAGAGAUUCACGGAGAAAAGCAAAGUGAUCACCGUGGAUGGCAACCUGGGCUCCGGGAAAGGCGAGCUCGCCAAGCAGCUCGCGGAGAACCUCGGGAUGAGACACUUCCCCGAGGCCGACGUGCAUUACGCAGAGAAAACCACGGGGGACGGGUCCAUCCUGGGGCCGGAGCUGGGCGGCAACUGCAGCCUGGAGAAGUUUUACGACAAUCCCCGGAGCAGCGACGGCAACACGUACCGCCUGCAGGCCUGGCUCUACGCCAGCCGCCUCCUGCAGUACUCGGACGCCCUGGAGCACCUGCUGAGCACAGGACAAGGCGUCGUCCUGGAGCGCUCGCCCUUCAGCGACUUUGUCUUCAUGGAGGCCAUGUUCAAGGAAGGCUUCGUCCGGAAAGAGUGCAUGGAUCACUACACAGAAACCAAGCGGCUCACGAUCCCGCGCUUCCUGCCGCCUCACCUGGUGAUCUACGUUGACGUGCCCGUUCCCGAGCUCCUGAAGAGGAUCCAGCAGAAAGGAAACGUCCAAGGGAAAAAGGUCACGGCCUCCUACCUGCAGCACAUCGAGGAUGCCUACAAGAAGGCCUUCCUUCCAGAAAUGAGUAAAAAAUGUGAGAUUUUAGAGUAUACAGCAAAGCAAGCAAAGGAGGUGGGAAAGAUUUUGGAAGACAUCAACUACGUCCCGUUUGACAAGGGCCCGUGGCUGGAGCAGAGUAACCGGUCUCUCCACCACGUGAGGCUGCUAGUCCAGGAUAAGUACGACGUGGUGAACUACACGACCGUCCCCAUGUACCUCCCUGAGAUCACCAUUGGGGCUCACCAGUGCGACCGCAUCUACCACCAGUUCAAGGAGCUGAAAGGUUACAAGUACGCUCCGGGAUAUAACGCUGACGUCGGGGACUCUUGGAUCUGGCUCAAAUGAAGCCCUACUCCCUUGGAAGAAGCUGUGGGAACAGCUGCAGAGCCCUGGCAGGUCGAGAACCAGGGGCCAGAGCCUCCCCUGGGGCAGAGGGCGAUGGCUGCCCUGUGGCACCCCGUGAUCGGGGCCCGAGGACCCUCCCUCGCAGGGUCGCUUAAAUCCCGAGUUCCCCCAGACUCCCGUUGCCCCGGCCCUGCGGGCUCUGUAUUUUGCUUCCUCAGACUUCCAAGAAAUAAAACCUUUUUGUGAAACUCC